GGUUAUAAUACAGACACAAGAUGGAUGAAUCCACAACUUAGCAGUUUACCUUUUGUACUGAAGUUUGUUUGUGUGUGGCUAAGAACCAGCAGACUAGUUAGCUCAGUUGGUUAGAUCUCCAUGCUAGUGUUUUGACUAUCUUGGGUUCAAGCCCCACACUUGGCACACUGUUCCUUCCAGGUUUUCUUUACCUGUGUCAGAAGUGAAAGUCAAGAGUGCCCAGAUCAGCCUAAAAGGUUUAUUAGGGGAGGAGUGGAGUCAGUGUGCAAGUAAUGCAGCAGGCUCCAGCAGCUGACCGGAACAAGGGGGCCAUUCUAGAAGUGCUUUUGAAGUACCUAGGGAACCCUGAAUCCUUUAUGGGAAAUGUGUUGGAGAUUGCUUCUGGAACCGGGCAGCAUGUAACUCAUUUUGCCCAGACUUACACGGCAGCCACAUUCCAACCCAGUGAUGUAGAACAGUCCCACGUUGACAGUAUAUCAGCGUAUAUAUCCCACUGCAAGCUAGGAAACGUCCAACAACCAUUAAAAAUUGACAUCACAGCUCCUGUGACGAGCUGGCCUGGUGACAUCACCGCAGGAAGCUAUGAUGUCAUCUACAACGCAAAUAUGGUGCACAUUUCUCCCUGGAGUACUGCAGUGGGCCUGUUUAACUUUGCUGGAUACUUACUGAAGGAAGGUGGAAUGUUAAUUACAUAUGGUCCGUAUGCUGAAAACGGAGUUUUGAAACCUGACAGCAAUGUACAGUUUGAUUCAUCGUUAAAAUCAAGGGAUCCAUCGUGGGGAAUAAGAGACAUUAAAGAUCUAGCUGAGCUUGGGAGGAAAAAUGGCAUCACACUUGUUGACAAGGUUGAAAUGCCAGCCAACAACAAGACGCUUAUUUGGAAAAAGACGUAGAUAUGUUCUCAAUGUCAGCUAUGUUUUGAAUUGCUGUAGAUUCAGCUUUUUACAUUAAUAAAAUAGUGUUUAUUCACCAAAGAUUUGAAAUAUCAGUGCAUCUUUUAAUUAAAUUAUUCCAAAUUUA